GGUGUUCCAAUCCCCUUCAUAUCAUGUGAUUCAGGUGUUCCAAUCCCCUCCAUAUCAUGUGAUUCAGGUGUUCCAAUCCCCUCCAUAUCAUGUGAUUCAGGUGUUCCAAUCCCCUCCAUAUCAUGUGAUUCAGGUGUUCCAAUCCCCUCCAUAUCAUAUGAUUCAGGUGUUCCAAUCCCCUCCAUAUCAUGUGAUUCAGGUGUUCCAAUCCCCUCCAAAUCAUGUGAUUCAGGUGUUCCAAUCCCCUCCAUAUCAUGUGAUUCAGGUGUUCCAAUCCCCUCCAUAUCAUGUGAUUUAGGUGUUCCAAUCCCCUCCAUAUCAUAUGAUGCAGGUGUUCCAAUCCCCUCCAUAUCAUGUGAUUCAGCUGUUCCAAUCCCCUCCAAAUCAUGUGAUUCAGGUGUUCCAAUCCCCUCCAGAUCAUGUGAUUCAGGUGUUCCAAUCCCC